UCCUGGUCUCAGAGUGAACAGUCCAUUCCUUCCUGGUCGACCCUAACCCCCUCGGCCCCUCCUACCACAACACGCCACUCCUCAGCCCACCGUCGCCGUGGUCUGGUGCUCCCCCGCCGUCGGUGAAAGUAUUUUAUUUGUAUUUUGUCCCUUUCCUUCCUGAGCCAUGUCCUUCAUGGUUUAGUGGUUCAACGGCGAGGAGAAGUGCUUCUGAAAGAAGCUACUGAGUAGCUUUUGUGAAGUAGAAGCGAUUCUGAAAAAUUUCAACAUAUAUCAAACAUGUCAAUGUAGUUGAGCUUAACAACAGUUUCCUCAUCACACCUAAAGAGGAACGAAGAAUGAGCAAAAGACCACCACCUGAUCCCGUGGCAGUGCUACGAGGCCACCGUGCUUCCGUCACGGACAUUUGUUUUCACCCCUUUAAGCCCAUCCUAUUCUCCGGUUCUGUUGAUGGUGAACUGCGGAUUUGGGAUACCCUUAAGUAUCAAACAGUGUCAUCAGCAUGGUUACAUAGUGCUGCCCAUGGGAUUGUUGCUGUUGCCAGUAGUUCUUUGCUCGGAACCAAUAAAUUUGUCAGCCAGGGUAGGGAUGGAACUGUGAAAGUAUGGGAUUUUGAUGAAGCUGGUUUGUCCAGGAAUCCAUUACUUACAAUCAAGACAAACACUUACCACUUUUGCAAAUUUUCCUUAGUUAAGAAUCAUCGCCCUUUGUUGAAAGAGGGGGAAGCAUCAAACAGUUGCCUUAGAACAGAGCUAGGUGGAAUGUCUGAUAAAGAAAAUCUGGAGUUUAAGAGUGAAGAGGCUUCUACAGAUCAAAGUUGUUCUGACAGCUUUGGAGAAAAUUCGUAUGGUGAAGGGCCACUAUAUGUGGCUUUGUCAGGGGAGAAUUCUUCUGAGGUUGAAAUUUGGGAUCUCAAGUCAGCUGAAAGAUUUGUAAGACUUCCUACAAAAAAUCCUAAUGACUCUUCAAGUGCUUGCAACAAAGAUAGAGGGAUGUGCAUGGCACUUCAAUUAUUUUCACCAUCUGAAUCGCAAGGAUUUUUGAAUGUCUUGGCUGGAUAUGAGGACGGUUCCAUGCUUUGGUGGGAUGUACGAAAUCCUGGAGUUCCAGUACGUUCAGUAAAAUUUCAUUCUGAGCCAGUUCUAAGCGUCUGUAUUGAAGGGUCUUGCAAGGGGGGUAUCUCAGGAGCUGCAGAUGAGAAGAUUGUAAUGUACAGCUUGGAUCAUUCUUUGGGUACAUGUGUGGUCAAUAAAGAAAUCAAAUUGGAGCGACCGGGCAUCUCAGGCACCUCAAUUCGGCCUGAUGGAAAAAUUGCUGCAACUGCUGGCUGGGACCACAGAGUAAGGAUAUAUAAUUACCGCAAAGGAAAUGCUUUGGCUAUACUGAAAUAUCAUCAUGCCACGUGUAAUGCUGUUACUUUCUCAUCUGAUUGUAAGCUUAUGGCCUCUGCAUCAGAAGACACGACUGUGGCAUUGUGGGAACUAUAUCCUCCUCGACAAUGAAAUGAAUCUAUUUCAUUAAACCUGUUCAAUGCCCGUAGUUGUCUGUAAUUUAUCUUUCUUAAAUCAAUGCUUAUAAGGUGUAUUUUUUGUGUCAAUCUGAUGACGCAUCAAAAGAUUUUUUUUUUGUCAAAAUAAAUAGUUGCUAAUUUAUGUUAAUGAGUAUAAAAUACAUUAAAAUAUUUUUUCUCA